GUGCUAACCGAGUUAGCCCUGUGUGUUUGCCAUAGUGGUAGCCGGGUCACGAGCUGGUAAUGUAACGUCAGUCGGUAAAACAGCAGUUAUAUUGUUCUGUUCGGGUCGAGACGCACACUUAGGCUUUAAAAAGCUCCACAAUGGUGAAAAUAUUCAUUGGAAACCUGUCGCCAGACACCACAUCAGAUGAACUUCGCUCUCUCUUCUCCCAAUAUGGGAAGAUUGGGGAAUGCAGUAUUGUCAAGAACUUUGGCUUUGUGCACAUGGAUGACAAAUCAGAGGCGGAAGAAGCCAUCAGGAACCUCCACCAUUACGAGCUAAACGGCCAGCCUAUGAAUGUAGAAUUGAGUCGCGGCAAGUCAAGAGGAUCCACCAAACUACAUGUUGGUAACAUUGCCUGCACCAACCAGGAGCUGAGGGCCAAGUUUGAAGAGUUUGGCAGUGUGCUGGAAUGUGACAUAGUAAAGAACUAUGCUUUUGUUCACAUGGAUCGGGUGGAGGAUGCCAUGGAGGCCAUUAAUCAGUUAGACAACACGGCUUUUAAAGGCAAACUGAUGAGCGUGAAGCUUUCGACUAGCCGCCUACGCACUGCGCCGGGAAUGGGAGACAGAUCGGGUUGUUAUCGUUGCGGGCAAGAAGGCCACUGGUCCAAAGAAUGCCCUCUAGACCAAAAUGGCUACCACAGAAACGGCUCAGAGCCUAAGUCUGAUGGAUACGAUUCGGGAUUCGGCGGGCGUGCUCGCAACAGGGGUUAUCCGGACUUCAGCGGCGAGCCGGAGUAUGAUGGCGGCUACGCUCCUGUACAAGGUUUUUCCCGGGGUGCUGGUCACAGUGGCAGCAUGGCAGGGUACAGAAGGGGUUCGGGCUACGAGGGCGCAAUGAGAUACGGGCCGCCCCCAGGUUACGGCAUAAGCGCUGUUGCUGACCAUAGCAUGGCUCGGAUGUACGGCAGCGAGGCGGCAUACAGGGGCAACGGUGCAGUCUAUGGCGCGGUACCAGGCUACCCGGUGCGACGGUCGCCUUAUGAGGAAGGGGAUCCGUACGGGGUCGUGGACUACUACGAGAAGUACAGGGCCAAUUAUGGAGGCAGUUAUUUUGAGGAACGUCGCGGUGUCCCCUUGCCUGCUCCAGCAACAUCCUCCUCCACAGCUAUAAUGAGGGAGCGUGGGCCCCCCGCUAGCCUCGACCCAUACGAGUGCCCUCCCCUCCCUCCUCCACCAGCCCCGGUCACCUCAUACUACGCACGUGACCGGAGUCCGAUUCGGAGAGUCCCUGCCGAGGCAGAUGGAUACACAUAUGAGCGUUCGCGCCUUUCUCCGGUGCCCACCCACCCAAGAAGUUCUACCUACGACCAUUCGCGGGAUCCGGGCGCUGAUCGGGCACGGUAUACAUACUAGCCUUUGUCCCAUACCAGUCAGGUGACAGCUGUCUGACAUUUAGUGGAUAGGAUAGCCUAAGUGCCAUUGGAAUCACUGCAAAUGAAAUAUUAUUGAUACGCAGGGGAUAGUAGAGGCUAAAGCUUAGCCCUCUGUGUGUGUGUGUGAGGAGUUCGGCCAGUAAAAUUAUGGUUACAGUAAAAUUAACCAAUGAUAGCAAAUGAAUAGAUAUAAUUGUGAAUGGUUGAAUGCCCUCACAUGCUAUGAUCUCAUUCCAGGUUAUACUUUAAAAUGCAGUACAACUAAUGCUCAGUUGACCACCUUUUAUUGUCUUUUUUUACGUGUUGUGGUAUUGGCGCAGUUCUGAGAAGGCUUAAGGUGGAUUUAUAGUUAUGCAUCAGCUCUACGCAGAGCCUACGCCGUAGUCUGCGCAGGUGGCCUAAACUGUUAAUUAACAGGAAACCCCAGUAAUGAGUCCCAAAACCCUGGAAGUGAGUUAGCGUUUCAGCACCUCCACUUCCUUUGUCUCAAACUCAAUGGGUUUUAUUGAAUGGGUUUUUGGUCAGAGGCCCGAAAUGGCAUCUAUGGUUAACACAAGCUAAAAAGAUUCUCACGUUUUUUUCCACGACAGACAAUAGCCAACACCCCACUGUUAACUUUGAAGCUUUUUUGUGUCUUAAAAAAGGUGGUUGUUAGCAAGUGGCUAAAUGAGACUACAGAACGACAUCACGCCCAACAUGGCUUUAUAGCCUUAAUGUGGUGCGGUGUAUUUCGGUUAUAGCCUAACAUUAAAUUCUUACUUAUACAGAUUGCAUUUAGGCAUCAAAAAUCAUGAGCGGUGUUCGUUUGUCAAGAUUAUCUUGCUGAACAAAACAUGUAAGUAUCAUAAACCUUUGGUGGCCUUUGUUUUCUGGCGCAAUCCAAAAUCCAAGGGUUUUUUUCUGAGGGAACCAGGGCGAAGCUGACUACUGUGUUGGCCUACAGAAAAAUGUCCUCCCCUGGGGCCCUCUAUACUUGUGUGUGUGGUGCGUCUGUGUCACACUGUAGUUACACCUCCAAAAUGCCAGUCAGUGGUGGAACUUCUGUGAAAUGCUGUGAAGUUUGAUUGAUUCAAAACACACAUCAAACAUGGCUUAAUAGUGACAAUUCCAAACACAAGUACACAAAUUGGCUUCAUUUUAACCUGAAGCUUCACAGACCAGAACACUUGCUUGACACGUUUAACACACAAAUACAAAAUGCUAACACUAUUCGCACAAGCCUAUGGCAUUUUACAUUGUAUAAAUUAGCCUUGCAAAGUUCUCCUCCACUCAGAGACAAGAGCAACAUUUAACAAUGGUAAUGUUAGAAAAUUCUGCUCAAUUAUAACCCUUUAAAGUUCACUUAAAUAACAGUCUUAUCUUAAACGCGUAUUCCUCACAAGUACAACAUGCUAACGCUACUAGCACAAGCCUAUGCUGUUUUACAUUGUAUAAAUUAGCCCAGCAGCUAGCAAAAUUUUCCUCUUCUCAUUGAAGCCAGGACCAAGAGCAACAUUUAACACAGACAACACAUAUAAAAUGUGGUUCAAUUACAGCUCACAAGGUUCACUGUAAAGACAAUAGUCUUUUUUUAUUAGACACGUAUUCCCUCAAAUACAGCAUGCUAACAUCAUUAGCACAACCCAUGGCAUUUUACAUUGCAUAAAUUAGCCAAGCGGUUAGCAGACUUUUAUCUCUAUUCAAAUGAAGUAAGGAUAAAUCACAGAUUAAACACAAUAAAUUGUCCUCAAAAUUUAUUUUGUUUUAUCUGUGAAUUAAAAGUAAAUAAAAACUUUGUUCCCAGUGAUAGAAAUUUGCAACACAUAGUUAUAUUUAUAGAGAGGUGUGUGUCAUGUGUAUACCCAGAGCCUACGACGUAAGUACGGCGUCGAUUCGACGCAGAAGUAUAAAUCCUGCUUUAGCCCAAGUGCAGAUCCUGGGUUUAGCUGUGACCUGGUUGAUAGCUUUUCAUGACACUGUAAGAACUGAAUCUUUCUGCUGUGAAAGUAGCUUUAUGUUUAUACACUCUUUAGGUUCAGUUAGUGGAAAAAAAAUAAAUUAGUGCAUGGUGCAUGUUUUAAAAGUGAGUCUUUAGUCUCGUUAAUAAAUUUUUUUUUCAUCUUCUAUAUAAUGUGUAUUUUAGUGUAUUUGUGUACGUUCAUGUUGUUACCACAUGGCGAAACAUAUAAGAGUACUGAAUGCUUCAUCACAAACUGUCUAACUUGUGGGCUUAAAUGUAACACCUGUACAUAAUAUGGACUUGCACAGAGUAAAAAAUGGUUAUAUCUAACCUUUUGUGAAUUUGAGUUGAAAGUUUUUAUCAAGCUACAUCAAGAGUUUUUUUUUGGUCAGUAGGCACAUUGCUUACAUCAAAUAGAUUUUUGUUGCUGUGAUAAGUACUGUAUGAGGCUUCACAUCUUUCGCUUCAUCAUAUGUUGGUGUCAUAAAAAAAAUGGCCUCAGUUGCCUAUGCUGUCUGUUUUGAUUUAUAACAUUUGGAUUAAAAUUAAAAUUUGUUUGUCCAAAGUCUGAAAA